UUGCAGACUUACUGCCUUUGGAUCGUGAAAAGUGGUAGUGCUUUUAUCCAAACUAUUAACUUUCAGUGUUCCGACACUGGCAGCUACAACGGAGUUUGUUCCUCUUGCCGUCUCGAGUCCACCUGUCCUUCAUCACAGCGCAGCCAUCAGUCUUGUCGUGCCUGCCUCUCUCUGGCCACUCCGGCUGAGCCAAGCGAUUUCGCUGGUCCAUCAUGCUCUUCAUCUUCGAUAGCCCUUCCAUUGUGGAGUGGUCUUGCUGGGCCGCCGGCUGGCACUUUUCCCAUUGCUGAGCUUCCCGAGACUGAAACAACUCUUACCUCAGGCUCUAUGGUGGCCACUCGGAACUCGCUGGCUGGACCUCAAGCCGUUCAAACUGGAGCCCAGCUAAGAAAUCGCUUGUCUUUAAAUACCAUUGAACCAAAUUCUAAGAUUGCUGAAGAUUUGAGUCCAAGAACUCAAACUCGUUCAGGUAUCUUGUCCAGUGAGCAGGCCGGCAGCCAGAGUGCUAGCUCAGAUCGUGAAGAAUUUGUCGACGCUAUGGAAUGUCUGAUUGAGGAUGCCGACGAGCGGGAAGAAGAGGAAGAAGAAGAUGAGGACGAUGAGGAGGAUGAGGAUGAUGAUGAUGAUCGAGACGAGGAUGACGAAGACAAUGAGACCUGUCUAAUAGAUGGGUCAGGAAGUCUACACCAGCCACAGCUGGUGCAUGUAGCUGCACCUGACAAGUUGCCAGCAUAUCCAGCCCUCUUCACACACUGUCAAUACUUUUAUGUUGGUGCCGGCCGCUGGCAGGUUUAUGUACAAAUGUGGUUUAUUGAAGAGCGCCUGAAAAGAGAGGUUUGCUUCUAG